AUGGCUACUGUUCCGUGUACUGAAGCAGCUUUCAAGCUCACCCCCCUCUCGGGCAUGGGUACCAUGGGUUCCCGAGAGUACUACACGAUGACGGAAGGCGCGUCGACGUGCGACAAGCAAGCCUCGUUUUUCGGCGGCGACGCGGCUCUUUCCGAAGGUGCCGGUUACGGCAUCGUCCUCGGCUUCGGGAUUGGUUUCUCUUUGAUCACCACUCUCUUGGUCUACUUGGACAAACGAUUCAACGGGACGAACAUCUCGUCUGAAUUUUUCAACACCGCCGGUCGUACCGUGAAGACGGGUUUGACCGCGGCGGUUAUCGUUUCGCAGUGGACGUGGGCCGCGACUUUGUUGCAGUCCUCGAACGUUGCCUAUCAGUAUGGUGUUUCCGGUCCGUUUUGGUACGCGUCCGGUGCCACCAUCCAAGUGCUUUUGUUUGGCAUCUUGGCGAUUCAAGUGAAGAGGUAUGCGCCGAACGCGCACACGAUUUGUGAGAUCAUCGACGCCAGAUGGGGCGCCACCGCUCACAAGGUCUUCUUGUUCUUUUGCUUCUUGACGAACAUCAUCGUUUCGUCUAUGUUGAUUUUGGGCGGCGCGGCCACUGUGAACGCGUUGACCGGUAUGGACAUCUACACCGCUGGUUUCUUGAUUCCGUUGGGCGUUAUCGUGUACACGAUGGCCGGCGGCUUGAAGGCGACGUUUAUGGCGUCGUACUUGCACACCGCGAUCAUUUUCGCCGUGUUAGUUACGUUUUUGUUCAAAGUGUACGCCUCGAGCGACGACUUGGUCGGCUCCCCGAGCAAGGUCUACAAAGCUUUGGAAGCGGUUUCCAGCUCCACGAGAGACUGCUCCGCCAUCCCGGCGAAGCAAAACUGCGGUCCAGUCAAAGACAACCAAGGCGGUUCGUUCUUGACCAUGUUGUCCAAGGGCGGUAUCAUCUUCGGUAUCAUCAACAUCGUCGGUAACUUUGGUACCGUCUUUGUCGAUCAAUCUUACUGGCAAUCUGCCAUCGCCGCCAAGCCGAGCUCCUCCACCAAGGGUUACUUGUUGGGUGGUUUGGUCUGGUUUACCAUUCCGUUCGCGUUGGCUACCGCCAUGGGCUUAGCCACCGUCGCGAUGGAUUUACCGGUCACCUCUGGCGAAGCCGGCGACGGUUUGGUCCCGCCGGCCGCCGCCGUUCACUUCUUCGGUAAGGGUGGUGCCAUGAUGAUCACCAUUAUGUUGUUUAUGGCCAUCACUUCCACCGGUUCCGCGGAACAAAUCGCCGUCUCUUCCUUGAUUGCGUACGACAUCUACAAGAAGUACAUCAACCCGAAGGCGACUGGCGAGCAAAUCUUGAAGGUUUCCAGAGUUGCAAUCUUGGGCUUCGGUUUGUUCAUGGGCGUCUUGUCCAUCAUCCUCUUUGAAUUGGGCUUGUCUUUGGGCUUUGUCUAUUUGAUGAUGGGUAUCUUCAUCGGCUCCGCGGUCAUGCCGGUUGCCUUUGUGUUGACCUGGAAGGACGCCUCGGCGACUGGCGCGAUCGCCGGUGCCGUCAUCGGCCAAAUCUGCGCGAUGAUUACCUGGAUUGUCUGCUCCACCUUCGAAAGAGAUGCUGACGGCAAGCACGGUACCGUUGACUUGGAUACUUUGGGUGGUAACUACCCGAUGUUGGCCGGUAACGUCAUGGCGAUUGGCAUGUCCGGUAUCGUCUGCGCGGUCAUCUCCAUGAUGAACCCGCAAAACUUCGACUUCAACACCUUGAAGGAUGGCAUCGCUUUGAUCGAUGACAAGCUUCCAGAGUUGGAUCCGGAAGAAAACGACCAAGCUAUGUUGGAUGCCUCCUUGAAGUGGAUCACUAAGUGGGGCGUCGGCUUCACCGUCGUCAUGAUCUUCAUCUGGCCGUUGUUGUCCUUGCCGGCUGGCUGCGGCGACGGCACCUGCGGUGUCUUCUCCGAAGGUUACUUCACCUUGUGGGUCUCCAUUGCCUUGGCGUGGGGUCUCCUCGCGACGGUCGUCAUCAUUGUCUUGCCGUUGUACGAAUCCAGAGAAGUUCUCGGCGGCGUCAUCAAGGGUAUCUUCACCGGUGCCAAGGCGAGCGACUCUGCGUAA